UCACAAAACAUUCACACACACAUUCACACACUGGUGGGGAUGAACUACGAUGUAGCCACAGCUGCCCUGGGCCAUGUUAACAUGCUCAAGGUUUUCAAAGCCCAAAGAGAAAUGAUGGGUUCCUAUUGGGGUGUGUGUGUGUGUGUGUGUGUGUGUGGGGGGGGGGCAGAUUCCACAUUUUCCCUCCGAGUCUGCGCUUGAUCCCAGAAACACUCAGGAGGAGCUGAUCAGCUGAGUGGAGGGAGUGUAGCGUCUCCAGAGGACAUGUAGGGUGAUGAAAGCAAACAAAAUCACUUUUAAAUAAACAGACAACCCGUUGGAUGAGGCUAACAAAUCAGUGAUGUCAUUCAUGUAUCUGUUUGCUCUGUGUUAUAGUUUUACACCAUCUGAGCAUAAAUGCAUCAUCGUUAACAUCUGGAUGUGUCCAGCUGUUUGUUGAGUACUGUAACCUUUUAGGUGGCUCAGUGGGUUGCCGGUGAUGCAGCUUUAUCCCACUUGAUGGCCCUCCUGGAGUGAGCUGGUUAGGGUUAGGGGAAAAAACAAAUGUAACUCAUGCUUAUUUAAAGCCAACUGUGCAGCACAUAGAGGCUCAUAGAGGACAGCAGACUGGAUCAGACGAGUUCAGGUAAAGAAAAGCUGGAAGUUUUAGUUUGUCUCCCUCAGAAUGGCUUUAAAAACCCUUGUUCUGCGGCUGCUGCUGGUGGGGGCUGUGGUGCCACUGGUCUGCUGUCAGCACUGGUCCUUUGGGCUGAGCCCAGGAGGGAAGAGGGAACUGGACGGCUUCCAGAGCACACUGGACAACAUAGUCGAGGGGUUUUCACACAUGGAUGCACCUUGUACUGUGCUACGCUGUGAAGAGGACUCUCCUUUAGCCAAAAUAUACAGAAUGAAAGGAUUUCUUGGAAGUGUCAGUGACGGGGGAAAUGGACACAAAGUAUAUAAGAAAUAAUAUUUAUUGUGUUAAUAAAUUAUUGUUUGAGAACAUCACACAAGUGGUUGCUGCAUGGUAUUUAUUUAUUUAUUUAUUUAUUUAUUUAUUUAUUUA